UCCUGUUCGCGAUAUUUUACAGACAUAACUAAUCACAAAUAUUUACAAUCAAUAUUUUUGGUUCCCUAAAUUGCAUUUUUUUCAUAUAUUAUCAGAUAAAUGGCUGAAUCAGUCCGUUUGACAAACGAUGAUUUUCGUAAGCUAUUGGCUACUCCUCGUCAGCCACCACCAGGGAGUACACCUGCAAAUUCUGCAACAGCUACAUCGUCGUCUAUAGAAAAGAAAAAACCUCAAGGUUCAAGUAGUGAACGCAAUGAUUUGCGUAGAAAAAAGAAAAAUUUUUAUGCAGCACUUAAAAAACAAGAAGAUGGUAAACUGCAACAACUAUCCGAAAAAUAUCGCGAUCGAGCCAGGGAACGUCGUGAUGGAGCAAAUCCAGAUUAUCAAAACGUUAGCACGCCUGGUCAUAGUAGCACCAAUGCUUAUCGUGCUGUUGCACCGGAUUUAAAAUCAGGCAUAGAUGCAGCUGAGCGGCGUCGUCGAAUUAUACAGGAAUCUAAAUUUUUAGGCGGUGAUAUGCGACACACGCAUUUGGUAAAAGGUCUCGAUUAUGCCCUUUUACAAAAAGUCCGUUCUGAAUUACAAACCAAAGAGGUGGAAGAACAAGCAUUGGCAGUUGCGGCAGCUACUGAAAAGUUAGCAGAAACCGCUGCAGCUGAACAAGCUGAAGCUGAAAGCAAGGAUUCUGAUGAUCAUAUGACUAUAAAAGGAGCAAUGGCGCGAAAUAUUUUCAAUAUAAUUCAAGUUCGACGCUCUAAAGAAGUGUCUUGUAAUGAAUUAUUUGCGCCAGGUCGCAUGGCCUACGUUAUUGAUUUAGAUGAUGAUUUGGGAGAAACCGAUAUUCCAACGACAUUAAUACGUUCAAAAUUUGAAGUGCCUGUUAAUCGAGAAGAUAUCGCCACUCUUACUACAAAUGAUAUAGUUAUAAAUAAACUUUCACAAAUUCUCUCCUAUUUACGUGCGGGUGGCCGCAAUAAGAAAAACAAGAAGAGAGAUAAAGAUAAACCACUUUUCUAUGAAAAAGAAAUGGAACAAGCUUUAAAUAUUACUGGAUUAAGUGAUGGUGGUGGUUUAACUGGUAAAGCUUUAGGUGACAACAUAUACGACGAUAUUGGAGAGUAUCAACCAAACUCUAAGAAGGAAGGUUUAAAAUUAGAUAACAAUAACCCAAAAAGUGUGGCUGGAUCUUAUUUCGCAGACGUAAAAGGAAACGAAGAUUCUGAGCCGCUAGUAACUAAUAUUCCACCGCCACCAAAGAUUACAAAGGCGAUAGCUUCGCGCUUUGCCAAUGAACCCGAGGGUUAUGCUGAGUGUUAUCCAGGAUUAGAAGAAAUGAAUGAUGCCAUCGAUGAUUCUGAUGACGAAGUAGACUAUACGAAAAUGGAUUUGGGCAAUAAAAAAGGACCUAUUGGUAGAUGGGAUUUUGAUACACAAGAGGAAUAUUCUGAUUAUAUGAGCACAAAGGAGGCUUUACCCAAAGCUGCAUUUCAAUAUGGUGUCAAAAUGCAAGACGGCAGACGAACUCGAAAAAACAAAACCGAGAAGAGCGAAAAGGCAGAGUUGGAUCGCGAAUGGCAGAAAAUACAGAAUAUUAUACAAAAACGAAAGUUUCCUAAAGGAGGAGCAGAAGAACCCGACUACAAAGCUGCUAAAUAUUAAUGCAGCAGACCACAAAAUUAUAUAAAGAGUUAUACAGAAUAGUUUCACAUAUAUAUCCAGUUUCAUUAAUUUAUAAUUCAUUCCAACUGCUCACUGAACCCAUUCCGCCUAAGCUUGAGGACGUUGUCACCUGUGUCGCUUUCU